AUGGAAACUAAUCCGGCAAAGCAAUACAGUGCUCGGGAUCUAUUCGAAGGGCUACCAACAUCGCUGAAAGCAUGGCUACGCCAGCUUCUGUGCAACAACCCGAACGUGCAUCAGAAUAAACCUGCAAUUUUCACUCAAAUAUUCUAUCAACUAAGUCAAUAUUCGUAUCAAACGCAUCUAAAACUUGGCGCCGAUCUAAAGGACGAUGAAAAAGCACGCGAAUUGCGCAGCAAAGGGAACCAGAUGUAUCAUCCGAGGGUGAUGAGGUACACCGACGCGCUAAGGUACUACAACGAAGCGAUAGCCUUUGCGCAGAACGGAUCACCGGAUAGGGGAAUCACGUACGCCAACCGUUCGAUCAUCUGUCUGGAGCAGGGAAUGUACCGGGAUUGUUUGAUAAACAUACGGUUGGCACGUGAGUCCAACUAUCCGAAGCGAUUCGAGGGUAGACUGGCGCUCCGGGAAGCGAAAGCAAAGCAAGCCUGUUUGGCAAUCAUAGCAACAAAGCAGUAUGUCAAAGGCGGUAAUAACAGCAGGAACCAUCGGAACCAUCGGAACCAUCGGAACCACCGCCAUGCUAAGGAUAGUAAGAUCGUCCAGUUAAAUGUACCGCUGCCCGAUGCGAAUUACUUCAACCUACACCAUGGGGUCGAAUGUGGAAAGUACAAAUGGGAUAAGGGUGGAAUGCUGGACGAACAUCGCUACACGAUGUGUGACUAUUGCCGCACCAAAUGUCUGCAUAUCUUGAUUCCUUGCGAGGGAUGUACCAUGGUCAUGUACUGUUCGGAGGAAUGCAUGUACCAAGCGCAACUACAGUACCAUCGUUGCGAGUGUCCCAUCAUCCGGAACAUGUGGAACGUCGCUGGAGAAUACGCCGUUACAGUAUGGCGCACCAUCGCCAAAGUGAUCUCGUCGUACCCCAGACUGCAGCCGAUGAAGGAGCAUCUGGAGAUGACGCUUCAACUGAACGAGAUUUGCAAUAUCGCAACAACUUCUCUAGCCAUCGCACCGUACCAUGUGGACAUCGAGAAAGCAAUGAUAUUUAAAACGUUCCUAGCUGCUAUCAUGCAUCGCGUAGUGAUGGAUGGGACAAAGCUGGGACCGAUCUGUGCCUAUGAUCCGGCAAUGAACAGGCUGCUGUGUGAUGUGAUCCUUCAUUAUCUCAACGUAUUCGAUGAACUCGAAAGCACCUAA